AUGAGGCAUGGGAAGCGCUCUCAGCGAGACAGCCGUAGUCCCAGCCGAUCUCGACAUCGCAACAGCCGUCGGCGCAGCUUUUCGCGGGAGUCUCGACGCAGCCCACAGGGUCGGCGAAGCCGUAGCUGGCGAAGUAGCCGCAGAAGCCGCAGCCGGAAUGAUAGCCGAAGUCGAGGAGGUCGGUCCGAUUCCCGAAGACCUCAGCGGUCCAGGCGCCGCCAUGGCCGAUCGAAAAAGGGCCCGAACUGCCAGGCCUUUGUGCCUCCGAUGCCCGGCGGGAUGCCAUUCCCGAUGUUCCCGUUCCCGCCCCUUUGGCCUUGGCCCAUGCCCAAUACAGGUGCUGAGCCGUCGGGGCGGCGCUCGCCGCGGCGGCGUCGCCGUAGCAGCAGCAGCCGUGCUGAAGGGAAUUGCAAAGACUCGGUUCUGGUGAGGCGGAACUUGAUGGGUCGAGUGAUUGGCAGGGGAGGCGGCGUCAUCAAUACCAUCCGACAAGAUAGUGGAGCUCGGAUUGAUGCAGAGGACCGUGAUGAAGAUCAUUGUGAGUUCAGGAUCACUGGGACGGAGGAGCAGGUCCGCCGAGCCAAGACCAUGAUCCGAGAGCAAGCAGAUCGGGUUGCUUUGGAGCGACAUCCCUUAGGUGACCAGAUUGAGGAGAAGGACAUCGCUGCCGACCUGGAGUUUCCCGCCAGCAUCCUGGGCGCCUUGAUCGGCCCUCGUGGUAGCAAGAUCAAUGAGGUACGGGAGACCAGUGGUGCGAAAAUCCAGGUGAAGAAGCAAGAGGAGCGCUGCCACGUGCUCCUUACAGGCAGCGAUGAGCAGGUGGCAUCUGCCAGGGAGCUGGUUGAAAGCAUCGCGGAGGAAGCGAAGCAGGUCACAGAGAUGCCGAGGCCCGGAGAAGAAGGCUCUCGCCUUGGCUUGGGAUAG